AUGGGCCGAUCGUGUUCGGAGCUCCUCGCAGGCGGCGGCCUCUUGAUCCUGAAUGGCGUGGACUUGAUCGCAGGAAUCGCUCUCUGGAUCUACAGUCUCGACCUCAUCUCGACUUGCAGCACACCCAUGUAUCUCUAUGUACCACUGCUUGCAAUCGGCACCGUCCUCGUCGUUGCGUCGAUCAUGAGCAGCUGUGGCUUAGUGUAUCAAGAGUGCUCUGUCUGUGUAGCGCUGUCGUCCAGUGUACUUGGGUGGAUCUCGCUGGCUGAAUUGGGGCUUGCCGUCGUCAUUUUGACGCAAGGAGGAAGUAUCGAUGAGUUCUUACGCACUCACAGCAGUGAACUCCAGCUCAGUGGGGACGCAUUGGCGCAAUUCGAGCGUCACAAGUUCUACCCGGCGUACGUUUUGGUCGCAUUAGCAUUGAUGGAAGCUCUUCGUCAGCGCUACAGCACGACAUUGCAUCGUGCACGGCUUCGUCGACAGCAUCAGUACGAGAUGCUGGCUUGA